UAAUCUCCAAAUUUGACUUGUCAAUUUUAUUUCUCAUGAAAAUAGCAAGUUAACUCAAAGAAUUUAUCACACAAAUAGUCAAUUUGUUAGAACUUGCUUAGUAGUGAAUUGGGAACAAGAAGAAAAAGAAAAGGCUGGUGCUUCCCUUGUUGAGGUAAGAGCAAAUGAUCUUAUUCGCGAUUUCCUAAGAAUUGAGUUAGUCAAGUCCACUAUUUCGUAUACACGAAAAAGGUAUGAUAGGACAAGUGCAGGACCGAUUCCCCAUAAUAGGUUAGAUCGCGCCAAUAUCAAUUCUUUUUAUUCCAAGGCGAAGAUUGAAUCACUUAGCCAACAUCCAGAAGCUAUUGGCACUUUGUUGAAUCGAAAUAAAGAAUACCACUCUUUGAUGAUUUUGUCGGCAUCCAACUGUUCUCGAAUUGGUUUAUUCAAGAAUUCAAAACAUCCCAAUGCGAUAAAAGAAUGGAAUCCUAGAAUUCCUAUUCGAGAAAUUUUUGGGCCCUUAGGCGCUAUUGUAGCUAGUAUAUCGCAUUUUUCUUCAUCUUACUAUUUACUAACGCAUAAUAAAAUCCUGUUAAAAAAAUAUUUGUUCGUUGACAAUUUAAAACAAACCUUCCAAGUACUUCAAGAACUUAAAUACUCUUUAAUAGAUGAAAAUAAAAGGAUUUCUAAUUUCGAUAGUAACAUAAUGUUGGAUCCAUUCCUUUUGAAUUGUCACUUUGUCCAUCAUGAUUCUUGGGAAGAGACAUUGGCAAUAAUUCACCUUGGACAAUUUAUUUGUGAAAAUGUAUGUCUAUUUAAAUCGCACAUAAAAAAAUCCGGUCAAAUUUUCAUUGUAAAUAUGAAUUCCUUUGUUAUAAGAGCAGCUAAACCUUAUUUGGCCACUACAGGAGCAACUGUUAAUGGUCAUUAUGGAGAAAUCCUUUACAAGGGAGAUAGGUUAGUUACGUUUAUAUAUGAAAAAUCGAGAUCUAGUGACAUAACGCAAGGUCUUCCAAAAGUGGAACAAAUCUUUGAAGCGCGUUCAAUUGAUUCAUUAUCCCCGAAUCUCGAAAGGAGAAUUGAGGAUUGGAAUGAGCGUAUACCAAGAAUUCUUGGGGUCCCUUGGGGAUUCUUGAUUGGAGCUGAGCUAACCAUAGCCCAAAGUCGUAUCUCUUUGGUUAAUAAAAUCCAAAAGGUUUAUCGAUCCCAAGGGGUACAGAUCCAUAAUAGACAUAUAGAGAUUAUUAUACGCCAAGUAACAUCAAAAGUGCGGGUUUCCGAAGAUGGAAUGUCUAAUGUUUUUUCGCCUGGGGAAUUAAUCGGACUAUUGCGAGCGGAACGAGCAGGGCGAGCUUUGGAUGAAUCGAUCUAUUAUCGGGCAAUCUUAUUGGGAAUAACAAGGGCUUCCCUGAAUACCCAAAGUUUCAUAUCUGAAGCAAGUUUUCAAGAAACUGCUCGAGUUUUAGCAAAAGCUGCCCUACGAGGUCGCAUUGAUUGGUUGAAAGGCUUGAAAGAAAACGUAGUUCUGGGGGGGAUUAUACCUGUUGGUACCGGAUUCCAAAAAUUUGUGCAUCGUUCCCCACAAGACAAGAACCUUUAUUUCGAAAAAAAAAAUCUAUUCGCGUCGGAAAUGAGAGAUUUUUUGUUUCUCCAUACAGAAUUAGUUUCUUCAUAUUCUAACGUAACAAACAAUUUUUAUGAGACAUAA